GGUCACUCAACUGAGCGGCUGGGAUUCUGGGAAGACUGAACAGAAGAACCCUAGAAUCCCCAAAUCCCCCAAUUCGAUGGCGGGUCGUGCAUCCACGGCCGAAGCUUUCUUCUCCGAGCUCGCGACCUCAACAGCAAGCUCUUCUUCGCUCACUUCCAUGGAUUCCGAAGCUGUCCCGAAUCGAAAAGGGCCUCCUUGUCUCCUCACAUUGGCCUCGUAGCUUCAGCCCUUCACGCCGUCGUCGCGAUUCCGCUGAGGUUAGGAAUUCCAAUUUGGGGGAAUCUCGUGGGAACUUUCGGGUAUGAUUGCUGUUCGUAGGCAGUGCUCUAGGUGCGUUUCCUCUGAUUUGGGCGUUCCUACUUGUCUGGCUCGCGUCGGUGGUUCGCUCGGGUGUUCUUUGAGUUCGGACCACGACAAUGUAAGCCCUGGUCGGAGAUGUUGUUCGAACGGCUUGUGCGGUGGUUCUAUUCGUGGAGCCCGAACCCCAACAACAUCCUUAGGAUGCAGAGCUAGUUUAAUGAAAACCCGGGGUUUUGCCACAUCCGACAGAGAGGGUCUCGAUCUCGCGUCGAUGUCUAAUGUUCGCCGGCCGGACCAAGAAGUGGGGAUUGCUGAUCCGUUGGAGUCGACUUCCCCGGUUUACAGCGAAGCAGAUGUUGAGGAAGUUUGUGUGUUACUGUUACGGCCCGAAGAUUGGGAUUCGACUCGAGAAGCUUUGGAGAAGUGCAAUGUGAGCUUCACUAGUGAACUUGUGGUUGAGGUCAUUCGCAGAUGCAAGUGCCGCAGCGGCGCAGCUUUGCGCUUCUUUGACUGGGUGGGGAAGCGAGAUGGUUACGGUCAUAGCUUGGAGACGUACAACAUGGCCAUGAAGAUCGCCGGAGGCGCUAAAGACUUCGAGCGCAUGAGGAGCCUCUUUUACGAAAUGAGAAGGAAGGGUUGCUCGAUAACACCGCACACAUGGACCAUCAUGAUCAUGCAGUAUGGAAGGACAGGCCUGACAGAUAUCGCUCUGGGGAUCUUUGAGGAGAUGAAGGCGAGUGGUUGUGAGCCGAGCGGAAGUACUUACAAGUACUUGAUCAUCUCUCUCUGCGGGAGAAAAGGUAGAAAGGUGGAUGAGGCCGUGAAGUUGUUCAGGCAGAUGAUGAAAUCCAAGUACGUCCCGGAUAAGGAAUUCGUUGAAAUCUAUCUAGGUUGCUUAUGUGAAAGCGACAAGUUGUCGGACGCUAGGAAAUGUGUGAAUUUCCUGCGCGAAGUUGGUUUUUCGACAGCACUGAGUUACUCUCUGUACAUUAGAGCGCUUUGCCGAGCGGGUAACUUGGAAGAAGCACAGAAAUUGCUGAACAAUGCCGGAGCAGAGCGGGAGAUGCUGAAUAAGUAUGUCUAUGGGAGCAUCGUCCACGGGCUACUCAGAAAGGGGAAUUUGGAGGCGGCAUUGUCUAAAGUGGACGAAAUGAAGCAGGCGGGAGUGUCUCCUAGUGUUCAUGUUUAUACAUCGUUGGCAGUGCAUUAUCUCAAGGAGAAGGAGAUCGAAAAGGCCGAGGAAGUCCUCGAGACGAUGAAACGCGAGGGCUGCGAACCGACCAUUGUUACUUAUUCUGCGCUCAUCCGGGGUUACGUGGGCGCGGGAAAGGUUGGCGAUGCUUGGAGUGUUUUCAACCAAAUGAAAUCAGAAGGGCCUUCGCCUGAUUUUAGGACUUACUCGAUGUUCAUGAAUUGUCUGUGUAGAAUUGGUAGGUCUGAAGAAGCAUUGGGGCUCAUAUCAGAGAUGUUGGGUGAUAAGAUUGUCCCGAGUAGCGUCAACUUCCGAACUGUUUUUUAUGGGUUAAACAGGGAAGGAAAGCAUGAUUUAGCCCGCUUGGUCUGGCAACAGAAGUUAGAUUUAGCUAAACAAAGAAAAUCAAUGACAUGAUUAGUCCUAUUCA